CAGCUGUGCAGAGCAGAGACACAAACACACAGUCUGUUAGAGACAGACAUAACUCUGACAGACUUUAUCGUCCACGCUGCAGACGGCUCACGCCAGAGGAAGAAGAAGAAGAAAAGAGAGGAGGAGGAUGCUGCAGAGGAGAGGACUGAUGGAUCACAGGGGGGACAGGAACAGGGCAGUGCUGGUGUCGGUGGCACAGUUUGACCACGGGGUGCAGCUGGGGAGGAGACCAGGAGCCCAGAGGGACACCAAGAGACUCCACCGCACCCUCAGCAAGCUGGGCUUCAAGGUGGACAUCCACAGCGACCUCAGCGGGGAUGAGAUCUAUGAGCUGUUCCUCAAAGAGAGCAGGCGGCCUGUGAAGGACUGUUUCCUGGCUGUCUUGUCGUCUCACGGGGACGAGGGCUGCGUGUUCGGAGCUGAUGGAAAACCUGUCCAACUGUCGCGUGUCUUCACAUAUUUUGACAAUGAAUACAUGGACAAGAAGACCAAAGUCUUCCUCAUACAGGCGUGUCGGGGAUCUGGUCUGGAUGAUGGCGUGGAGGUGGACUCAGCUGCUGACAUCACGGCGUGCAGUGUCUCCCAGCACCUCUCUGUUCCUAUAGACACAGCUGUGAUGUACGCCACGCCACCAGGUUACGGAGCGUUCAUGCACCCGCUGGGAUCCGUCUUCCUGAAGACGUUCUGCUCGUUACUAAAGGACGAAGACAAUCGUAACCUGGAGCUGACGCGCCUGAUGACCCGCCUCUCCCACAGCGUGGCCUACAACUUCCAGGCCACAGGUGGCGCUCUGGCCAGGAAGAAAGAGAUGCCAUGUCUCCUGACGCGACUGACCAGAGAAGUGUUCCCCUUCGCUGAGGCGGAGAAAGGCAGCGGGGCGGCGGCGGCGGCGGCAGGUCUCUCAGCCACCUCGCUGGUGGCCACUGAGAAGGUGUGGACACGGACUCCGUCCAUCAGUUAGACUGCAGCAGCAGAUUGAAGGGGACUGCAUUUGGACAUAUGGAGACAAUCACCUGAUGGACAUUUCUGUCCUCAGAAGAGACAAACCUGUUGGUCAUUUCCUCACGCUCUCUGACUUCCUGUAGGAAAGACGCCAUGGAGGAAAUGUCUGCUGAAGUCUUGUGGACAUAUUGUCCACUCCCUGGACUCUGUCAUAUAUUUCUAUGGAACACUUUAUUUAACAAACUGAAGUAAACGAACAAUAAAAAAUUCACAUCAUGUUUGAACUCGAAUCUUUUCAGACAAAUGUUAAACGUGAUGACACGUUUCUGUCUGUGAGGCCGCACAAAGAAACUCAGUGAAAACACAACAUGUGAAUCUGUGACUCUGCUCCGAGUGUCUCGAGUGUCGGAGUUCUGUUAGAGACAAAUUAAUGUCCUCACAACAGCUUUAACUUCAGUCCAUUAGCAUGACACAACAAGCUUUUAGCUGCAGCCCCAGUGUUAGCAUGACAUUACAAGUUGCAACCUGUUAGCUUUAGCCUCAGUCCAAAUAGUCAAAACAUAUUUAAGACCUAAAUUAUCCAGUUAAUUAGCUUAUAAUUACUCAGUGAUCUGUAACAUUAGAAAUUAUGGAAGGAUUAUUCAACUCAGGACAGGAAGUCAGAGACUGACAGACUCAGGUGAAACAUGUUAGUCUGUCAGGUAAAAUAAAUAAAGGACUGGAACAUGUA